AUGGACUCCAAAAUGACUUCUUUAUGCGCUUCCCCCCUGGAGUCCCCAGUCUCUCCUUCAUCCCAGGCCCCGGUCAUCCCACCCCCACCCCCGGCCCCACAUCUUCCGGGCGAAGCCUUUCCACCCUCUCCCUCAGGUCUCCAGGCACCUGUUCCCCCACCACCGCCCCUGCCACCGCCGCCCGCGGCGGCUGCCGCUCCCCCUCACGUCUUCGGCCUGGAGAAGAGCCAGCUGCUGAGAGAGGCCCUGGAGAAGGCCGGCCCGGCCCCCGGGAGCAGGGAAGACGCCAAGAGGCUCCUGAAGCUUCACAAGGACCGUUUCAGAAGUGACUUGCAGUGGAUCCUCUUCUGUGCAGACCUGCCCUCCCUCAUCCAAGAAGGCCCUCAGUGUGGGCUGGUGGCCCUGUGGAUGGCAGGCACUCUCUUGGUACCCCCCAGCGGCAUCCCCUUGGAGAGACUCGUGCACAUGGCCAUGGAGAGAGGCUACACGGCCCAGGGAGAGAUGUUCUCCGUGGCCAACAUGGGAAGGCUGGCUGAGGAGGCAUUGGGCUGCCAAGUUGAACUGCUCCGUGGGGGCCUGGGUGGUCCCAACAAAGGCCGUGUGCUGCAGCACCUUGUCUCUGGACACCCCUUGCUCAUCCCCUACGAUGAAGACUUCAACCAUGAACCCUGUCGGAGGAAGGGCCACAAGGCCCACUGGGCAGUGAGCUCAGGAGUCCUGUUGGGUGUUCGGGGCGUGCCAAGCCCCGGCUACACUGAGGACCCUGAGCUGCCAGGCCUGUUUCACCCAGUGCCCAGCAUGCCCCACCAACUGCCAUCCCUGCCAGAGGAAGGCUCGCUGGGAGCAGUAUACCUUCUUUCCAAGCAGGGAAAGAGUUGGCACUACCAGCUGUGGGACUACAACCAAGUCCAGGAUAGCAACCUACAGCUGACGGACUUCUCACCCUCUCGGGCCGCUGAUGGCCAGGAGUAUGUGGUUCCUGCUGGUGGAGUGCGAGCUGGCCUCUGUGGCCAGGCCCUGCUCCUCAGACCACAGGACUCCAGUCCCUAG